GAUUCCGUUGGAGCAGGUAACUGUUACGACUGGCGGGACCACAUCGGGAGGUCCGCGCGGAAGGAGUAGACCGGAGGAGCCAUUUGUGUCCGGAGACAGCUGUACUCUGGACAACCAAGUGGGCGAGGAAGUACGCUGCGGCCCAGAGGAUGCAAGGGCAGGAGCAGCUUCUUCCAAAACUAGGAAAAAGAGAACGACCGCAACAAACACUAAGGCUGCUGGUGGACAAGAAGAAGAUGAAUCUUCGCAGGGAGACGCUUCUACUUCUACAAAUAGAAGCGAUGUGGACCACCACGUCGAAGUGAACCCGAAGGAGCAGGGAAAGCAGCAGACGAUUUACACGGUUUCUGAAGCCAAGGUGAAAAUCCACUACCACCGGUUCCGCAACGUGGAGCUCGCCGCAAUCGACGCGCAAUCCGAAGAAUAUGUGCUGCGCGCAGUGAACGCGGCUUUGCACAGUGACGAGACGAUCUUCAUGCUGUGGCUGGGCUACCGCACGUACCUGAUGCACCAGGAGCACGAUAUCAAUGUGGAAGUGGACAGCGGCCGCGUGGUGGCCUCGCAGGUCGUGGCGGCUUUGCAACAUUUGCAGCAGAAAAACGCAACUGGUGGGGCUGGUGAGGCUGGAGGGGCCGGACAACAACAGCGUGGUCGUCUUGUCCCAUCUAGAAGUCCUUCGGAGGGCAAUAAAAUCGACGCAGACCAGCAACGCGCCCAUAAUCUUCUGGAACAACAAAUGCAGAAACACAGCGAGGAAUUUUUUCUCCUGGAUAGAAGGGUUUCGGUUGACGUCAACAGCACCGAGUUGGGCGACGUGAGCCCGGAGCAGAUUCGACAGAUCAACGAAACUCUGCUGCGGGGCGGCAACAGCGCUGGUGUUACAGAAGGAGAGUCGAGGACAUCUGAGAAAAGCAGAAGCAACAGUACCUUGCUCGAAAAAAUGCAGGACCAGCACAAUUUCGAAGACGGUAAACCUUCGACAGCAACGCAAUUCGCUGCGGCCGUGUUACGCAUGAACAAUGGUAAAAAGACCGGCAACUGUGACGGCGUGCGAUGUUUCUCGAAUGGUAAAGAAUCCGCAUCUAGCGCGGCGACGGACACGGAAGUGCUAGCCAGCUCAGGACAGGAUCACCAAGAACCUCACUCGGAUGAGCGGACCGCUAAGCAGUCACCUCCCGCUGCCUCGGCGCAGCCGCCAGCUGGUAUUUCGUCCACCAAGUCUCGGUUUACGAAUGUAGUGAUAGCGGUGAGUGACAUGUUGCGCUGCUUCUCGGGCGAGGAGGACGAUGAUCAGUAUGUGGAAUCUUUGCUGCUGAACGGCAGUCCACACAGGUUGCGCGAAAUGGAGCUGAUUCUUCUGGUUUACACACAGCAGCUCGACGCGGACCCGUCGGCGGUUUUAAAGCAGCACCGGGAGACCGCGCAGAUGUGCUACGACCACCUGCGAAGCGUGCGCACCGGCGGGUUCUUCCCGGCAUUGUUCCAAGGCGGGCGGAACGCGGAUCCGCCACCGGUGCUGCCCUCCUUCGAAGAAUUGAAAGCCCGGUCCGGGUCGGCGGUGGUUUACGACGAAGGGAGUUCAGUGGACAUGCUGUUGUGGCGGGAUGGCAUGCGGCAGAAAAAAGCGAAGCUGGAGGUGGAAGAGGAGAAAAAGAAGGCGGACGAAGCAGCAGGAACUGAUCGUGAUUCAUCCAAAGAGAAGAAGGAUGUCGAGAUGUCAGGUGGAGGCGUUGAAGGUAGCGCUGUUGAGGCUACUACAACUCGAGCUCCUAGUUCCACCGCUCCCACGGGGGAACAAGUCGCAGACGACGACGACCCCUUUUUCUCGGAGUCGUCGGUCCUCUACAUGCAGCAACUGCGAGCGCUGAAACCUCUCUUAACCGAGCUCGCCUCGCGACAGCUGGCAACCCUCGGUUUCCCGUGGCUCAUCGCGGCGCGCGAAGAUUCCCCGUCCUGGCGCUCUGGAUUGUUCGAGGCGGCCAGCUCUGGAGAAGCUCCGCUAGCAGAUAGCCAAGUAGACCCGUUUCCCGCUCGCUCCAAGCUGUUCCAAAAGGUCUUGAAAAUGGAAUCACGGCGGUCCUACCACGAUUUGGCACUGGGCGCGCACGACAACGAGCGCGUGUACCACUCUGGGGUCGAAACAGAGGCCAUGUUUCCGGGCCUGUGGGUCCCGCACUUGUCGCGGGGGAUGCGUCUCAGCGAUUACGCAGAAAAUGAAGUAGAUCUUGACGAACAAGCUAGCGCUAGGAAAAUCAAGAUGACGGAAAAAGAGAAAGAGGAGUCUACCGCGGGGAAAAAGAUGUUGCAACGGCGGCUGAAGAUUCUCGAGCAGUUUCUUCGCGACUACCUAUUGGAGAAAAUCUUCCGGGACGAGUCCACCUGGUUGGCGCCGCCCACCGAGGAGGAACGAAACGCAGCCCGUGUUGCCGACAUUCGGACUCAGCACGACCUGCUCAGCGUCAUCCAGCAGGACAGCUGGGCGGACGCGCAGAAGCGGCAAAGCCCACUAGCGAAUCAAAAUGGAGGGAAACAAGGCUCGGAUCAGGGGGAAAAGCUACCUGUUGUGCAGAACACUGCCGUGCGGGACCUCAUGGUAGAGUGGUUUCAGAAGGAGCAGAAGAAGCACGCCUCACCGGCGGAUGCGCCGGCCGUGAAAUUGUUUACCGUCAUCAGCCGUGAAGUGAUCAACUUCUUCAACAUCAGUCCCGCGCUCCGGGACAAAAUGUUCUUUGUGGACGGGGGCUUCCGGCCCUCGAAGAACCUGUAUCUGGUGCAGAUACCGGCAUUUCUAUACACAUCGAAUCUCGAGGAGGAGGAAAAAUGCACCAGCCCAAGUAACGUCUCGCAACCGAAAGAAGAAUCUUCGCCGAUGGGUGCUGGAGAAGGUUCAAUAUCUACUCGUCCCUGCUCCAGAACGACGACGUCGCACGAUCAAAGUGAAAAAGCUAGCACUUGUUCCUCGUCUAAAAAGGGGAAGAAACUUCUGAACAAAAAAGCUGAGAAGGUAAAGCAGAUCAAUUGCUCCCUCGAAGGGGAUAAGCAAGGGACAAAACCGCUCUUGGAAGGAACUUACCCGCUCGACCUCGGCUACAUGGCGAUUACCGUGGAUGACGGCCGGAGCUCGCAAGCCCUCAUAGAUUCUCCCGCGGCUUUGUUCAUGGUCAAUGGAGGUAUAAUCUUCAGAUACGACUUGAAUUAUUCUCAAGAAGAGUCCUGCUCGAGCUUUUUGCCUCGAGGCAAUUUUCCUUCGCGCAUCUCAAAAUAAAAUCUGAAACUGAAUAUGACAUAAAUCCGAAGUAGACACUACGAAAAUCAUCAACCUAAGGUGGCAUGCCAAACUUCUUGCACUGUGCGACCAACGGUGGUAUUGUCGUGGACAUUUCGCAGACGGACUUUUUUGUGCCGACCGCGGCAAGCGUCGGUGGGGGAAGGGAUCAGGAGGAAAGCAAGCCAGGCAAAAAGAAGGGAAAGAACAACAAGGCGGGUUCUUCUACUAAAGCUGGUGCAUCAGCUCCGACAUCAGCGGCUGCAACGACGCCGACUGUGGCUGCCGUGCAGUCGCUUCUCGCAAAAGUGGACAAGGAUGUGAAGACUCAUCCCGGUCCGCAAAUGAUGCUUCCCAGAAUGACCAUCGGGGACAUGCCCAACACCCGUCUUUACGACUUGGACGGAGUUCUGGCCGGCUACGGUUCAAUGUACGACACUAGUUUGAAAUCCAAAUCAUCAACUACAGCAAAAACUACUACUACUCCCCAACAAGGAACGAGAAAAUCAAAAUCAUCUUCGGCGCAGCAAGGAACAUCGCCGACUGCAGCCGAAUCAGUUGCAGAUGAGCACCUUGAAGAUGCAACCUCCGACCAGAGCAAGCAGCGGAGAGCUUUUGUGGUCGAAUUCCUCGAUCCCAACGCCCCGGGCGCUUAUCAAGGUGAGCUGGAUGGUGACAGCACCGUGAGGUUGCCGUUGUCCUCUCCGGGAGGUCGCGGUGGAAAUUCAAAUUCAAACAGUGGCUCCGUUACUUAUUUCCUCCCCCCCUCUAUCACCGGGAGAGAGACGUUCACGACGACGCGCCGCGUGAUGGGGCGGGUCCGGCGCUGGGCGCUGAAGAAGUGGAUGGGUGCCGGGGCGUCCCACGUGGACCAUUUCCUCUUCAAGGAUUGGGGGGCCAGCGAGGUGUGGAAGAAUGGCGAAACGGCAAUCACGUCGUUCUUGGAAGAGCUGGUGGCUUUGCAGCAGCAGUUAGUGGAGAAAUCCUUGAUGAGCAUCCUGCGCUACGUCGCAAUCCACAAUCACGCGCAGUCCGUGAUAUUUGGAGGCACGACGACAGUACAGCAAGGUCUACUUUCAUCUGCAGGAGGCAUCAAGGGCGGUUCAGCUAGCAAAGGUCGCGGUACUGCUAGGGCGAAUAAGCGACAGCAAGGGCAAGGCUCUGGUGCAGCAGCUGCAGCAGGCUUGUGUACCGUCACGGAGCUGGUUCCUCACCCGAAUAGCGUCGAGCAGGCGCUCUUCGGAGGUGCAACUUCCAGUGCUUUCUCUUCGGGGGUACUCACUCCCAGCUCGGAAAGCGUUGCCUCGUGGUGGACCGAGAUAAUGUUCAAUCCGGACGCUGCCGCGCAGACGGCGCCGACCCACCCGAGUGAGAAAAACGGGACCCAAACGUGCAACGCCAAGGAAAUCGACUACAGCAACGCAACCUCAUUGGGAACUACCACUACGAAGAACAAAUUGCAGCUCCUUCAACCAGAAUCCGUGGGGGAGUUCGCAAGCGUCAGGGCACUGCCACCAAUGGUUAGUACAACAGGACAGACGAACAGCAAAAAGACCCAUGUGGACGAAGCGGCAAGGCAGAAGGAAAACGAAGAACUGGCAGAAAGAAUUAAUGAAAAUGUGAAGAACUCCGAGCGGCUGCAAAAUUCCUUCGACACCCGACCCGUGAACCGCGCGUUCGUGCACAUGCGACUGCAUUUGCUGAACAAAAUGGUCGCUUCGGUGCGAGAGCUGCACCAGCAGGUGCUGCAGCGGGUCAUUCUCGUGGACGCAAAGGCCCUCGCGAUUGCCAGCGUAGGGUCGGAGCAGGACUACAGCUUGGACAGCCAAGCCGGACUGGAGCAAGCGCUACAACGGUUGUCCCAGACCAGCAGUCUGGGCGCCGUGCCGAGGCACUUGGACUACAAAAAGCUGCCGGUGGAAAGGCCGUUUUUGAACCUGAUUCUCCGUCUGUGGCAGCAGACCGAGGUGUCGACCAGUAUUGUAUCUUCCACCAGCGGAGGUGGUCCUCGUGGUGCUGCCGCUGGUGGUGCAAGAACACAACUAAAGCAGUCCUCGAACCUUGCGGCCUUGUUUCCGAGCGAAAACUCGCACUACCAGCUAUAUUUGCCCUUUGCGAAGAAUAAAUCUGUUAAGACGAGCAUGAAGGAGAACACGACAGAGCCGCGGCUUCUCACUGCCAGGGCGCCCUUCACCCACCCGGCGGUACGGAACGUGCCUAGCCUGCAAAAAAACUUUGUGUUUUUGUCGCAGCUGCGCGCCUUCAUCGCCCGUUUGGAUGUGGGGGCGGACCUGAUUGACCGCCUGGCGCACAGAGCGAACGGCGCAGCGUCCAGAGUCGUCGACCUGUCUUCUCUGUCGCGUGUUGACCAGCUCCCAGCUGGAACUACUGUCUCUGCAAAAUCAUCAUCUGCGACGUCACUGAAGUUGCCGACGGUCGGAAUCGGAAAUACGGCAGCCAACGAAGUUGUACCAGAUCCAGACCCAACAUCCGCGGCGUCCGAAAUGGGCAAGCAAAGGCUCGCGGAACACUUUCGCUCCACCCCACUGGCGGCUGCGCAACGCAAGGCCCUGCGGACGCUGAUCGAUAUUCCGGACGAUGACAAUUUCGAGGUAAGCUGGCUCACUUGCUGGACCAAGCUGGACGAUUUCAUGCGCCAACACGCACCUCCACCAACUGCACCUCCUCCAGUCGUCGGGUCGCCUAAUUUUUCCCAAACAACUUCUGGGCGUCAGCAAAAAACGCCACAGCAGGAAGAUCUACUCCAGGAGGACGGCGGCGGUGACACUGUAAUGGGAGACGAGAGCAACAUCAAGGGCCCUUCUGGAUCUGCAGGAGCCGCUGGUACAACAACAGCCACGAGCGCCGUCGACGCGCAGGCCGCAGCGGUUUUCGGUACGUCAGCAGCGGCGUGGAUGGAAAAGGAAAGCUUUUCCGUGAAACUUCGGCGCAAGCGGGAUCAGGAGGUGACCACCUUUCUCUCCGAGUGGCGCUUGUCCGCGAACACGGCCUCGUUUUUGCUUCAUUCCUUGGGGCAAGAGAAUUCGGCCGAAUUCCUUAGUCGCCACGGCCCGGCGAUAAAGGAGCAGAUGUCAGAUGUGGCUGCGAAACUGGAUUUGGACCAUGGUGCAGGAGGGCAGCAGCAGCAGCAGACCACAGAUGGAGUCGGAGGUGCGAGCUCUCCAGCUCCGCCCCCUGUUUACCACAAUACCUUGCUGCAGACCAUUGCUCCGCUCUUUUACAGAGAUUAUAUUUCCGCGGAGGUUGCGGUGCGCACCUUCAGCCGCAAACACGCCCCGGACCCGAAAAACUGCACUCCGAAGACCGCAGCGGAAAAUUUUUCCAGCGUGUCCAGAUGCACCCAGACCAUGUUGCAAAAUUUGUCACCCGAAAAAGCCGCGGAGUUUGGAGCGUUACUGUCCAGGUUACGGGGCUUGGGAAGUAUGAUGCAAGCGUUGUGGGAGGGUCUGCAAACCGUGUACCUGAUGGGAGACAAGUUGCUCCGAAGGAAAUCCUUUCUGACUUUCGACGUGUUGCGUCUCGCCCUAUCCAGGAAAAAACACCCAUCCCCAUCCAUUUUUUGCAUGGCAAAUAGUGGACUUUAUGCAUGUUUUGCAUGACAAUUGACAAAUUGGAUGGGGAUGGGUGUUUUUCCUGGAUACGCCCGACUCGGCGUCUACUGGGCGUUUGAAAGUAAAAGCGGCGACGAGAAAGACCAAGAGCUACUCAAAGCCGGCGUUUUGAGGAACGUAGGGUUCACCAUUUUCCCGCCCGGUACGCCCCCGUACGCCAUCGAGGUGUUAGAUCUUUUGACCCGCGCAACUGGUGCGGCUGCGGAGAGGAUUAGGAUGGAAAAAAGGAAGAACAAUAAAGUAGCAACGAGAACUUCUGAGGGAACUGGAACAACUACAUGCGGUCGCGCCGCCCCUGCUGCUGCUCGUCCGAAGCUGGACACGACUAGCAUGAGUGGAAACAAGAAUUCUGACGACAUGGAGAUCGAGCGAGAGCCUGUGGAAAGAAAGAUUUCCAACGACAGUGAAGGUAGUAGUCGUGCUUCUACCGUCGGAACGGCAGUAUCUUCCCCUUCCUGCGGCUCAUCAUUAUCCUCUCCUGCUAGCACGACCCGGAAACCCCCCAUUGUGCAGCGCACGCGCGUGAGCGUGAAGCUGGCGAGCGGCAUCAAGGUCGAGGCUUUUUUAGUGAAGCACGACCUGAUUGAGGGGCGCGCGGAGCUGAAGCUUUUUCCAAAGAAGCCCGAUGUGCCGGACCGGCUUCACGCGGACAUUCGCGAUGUCGACGCGCCGGUGCCGAGCGAAGUCUUCGCGGAAGUAACAGCCACAGUAAACGGGUUUGACGAUCUUGGCGACGGCCACAAGAUGCAGACCGACGCGAAAACCGGAAAACCGAUGAUAAUGGUCGACUCGUCGGCGGUGCGGAUCGAGGAUAUGCCUUACAAAAGCAUCGUACUACUGUAAAUUGCAUUACAAAUUGCCUUAGCAUUACAAAUAAGAUUUUUAAGAUUUGUAAUGCGGAUUUGCUGCAUUUGCCUUAGAGGAAAAAGUAAAAGUUGUAAUGCAUUUACUGCAAUUACUACGAGUGCGAUCGCGAUGCUUCUGCACUGCAUCGAGGGCAGCUUGCUGCAACGGAAGCCGGUGGAGAUAAAGAAGGACGGGACGGCACCGCGCUGGGUCUGCACCAUUCGAGUGACCAAGUCGGAGAAUGCGAGAAAAAUCGCGAUUGGCAAGCUGUUGCAACUUCCCGAGGAGCGACUAGCCAUCGUGCGCAUGCCGCCGGGGGAAACCACAAUUGGGAGAAUCUACGCGGCCAGCAUGGUGUCGAACAAAGUCACGGCGGACGCCGCGGAAAGCAGGAGCCCGGUCGUGAGGAAAGGAGACCAGGGCGAGGCAGAUUCGUGCUCGCCUGGGCGAUCCCCGACGGGGGCCUCCGCGGAUCUGGGUACUACGGAUGUAGCAACUGAGGAGCAGACGGAACGCGAGCACGAACAACAGCAAGAGCAAACCCUAUUUCCACCAAGACCGGUGUACACAAUCGCGGGUCCUUUGCUGCCAAACGUAGCAGAGACGAUGCUGCGCACUUCAAGAGGUCCUGCCGGGCUGAGCCAGGCAAAGGGAAAGGCGUCGGCGGCGUCUUCAGGUGCUCGUUUGCAGGAGCCGGAGGGAGGACAAGAAGAUGAAUCGCAGCAACACGACGACCCGUCAAGAACUACGUGCACGACGCAGAUCCCAGGACUGUCGUCUACUCCCAUGUCCUCUCGAGACGAUGAUGCGAAAAAUGCUGUGUACCGCAUUCUCCGUCCCGAAUUCGCCGCGAUUCGCAAAGGGGCGACGACGAUGAACGAAGUACCAGCUGCAACUCCGGACGGCAUGCUCAGCCUGUUUACAAUCUUGCUGAACAUGAAAAGCAUGUACCAGCAGGACGACCAACACCGGAAUAAAGGGAGAGCGAAGGCAAGCAAGUUGUCCUCUUCGGCCAGUGCACGAUACGCUACGGAACUCGGUAAGAGUACACCUUUGAUGGCAUAGUGAUCUGCUUCAGUAGCUUUUACGCAGCCUUCUGUUUUUUUUUUUCAGUAUCAGUUUUAGUCCUGCUAUGCAUAUGCUUUUUGUCUUUUGAUUUCAACCAGGUUGAUACAAGUUGAACGACAACAGAACGCGUCGAAAAAGAAUUAAGUGAGAAUCAUCUUCAACAACUACAGGCGAAGUCUUCCACGAUGUGAGCCUCCAUGCUUUGAACGCCCGGAAUGAAAUUAUGGAAGAGGUGCUCAAGACGUCUUCAUCACGCGGGAGUGCUGGAGGAGGCUCGCUACGGGGACUGCAGAUUCUCAAAUGGGUUGUGCAAAUCGCGGUAGACCUGGUCGCGGAUACGGUUCAGGAAGACCAGUUUGAGAGCCAGCUGCUGGCGAUACCGAUUUAGGACUGGGGCGAUGUUGUUGUAGCCCUACGCAAAGAGAAGUGUCUUCGCAACAACGGAAAUUCUAUCUUGCCCUAUCAAUAGAAAUUUCGCGGGACGACCCGGACCGAAUAGGCCGUGCUGCAUUGCUAGUUUUUUCUAUUAACACGCUUUCAGUAUCGUUUUCGUUACGUAAUCAACACAGAUUCUUCUACUUUACUUCAAAAAAAAUCGAAAAGUGGUUUUAUAUAGCUUCUAUUUUCAUCCUUUAGAGAAUACAAUAUCGCCAUCCUAGUGCUGGUAUGGAUGAUUUCUGCACAAAUUUUUCACUGCAUUUGAUCUUGAUACUGAGUCUUGUUCUUCGGCUGCUUGCACAUGGAAAGCAAACCUUCGUGCGUUUGCGUACAUUAAUGUCAUCGCAAGAUGUUCUUCUGGUUCUGAAACACAGGCGCCGACAUAGUGUUGAUUGUUAGAGUUGUGUGUUAGUUGGCGUCGAUUUGGUCGGCAGGCAACGCACUAUUGAACACAAAGAUUUUGAUCACGAGAAUACAGAGCCUCUAUUGCACCUAGAGAAGCUUAUUUUCUAGAGUUUAUCUAUGGUUUUUCUUUUUGCAUCGUAUGUUGAAAUAGAUUUUGGUUGUGCAAAAUAAAGUUAUUGAUGAAAGAGCGCGCCGUGACGGCAGCGCUUUGCGCUUCCUUGUGGCAACUGGAAAUGAAAAUAGGCAGUCACCAUAAUUGGAGAACGAAGUUGUCGCGCGACGAGAUGAAUACAUAUUUUCAGAACUAGACGACCACCAAAUCCAAAUCGAAGACGCGUCACGCUCGGGAAAAUGAAACGCUAAAUGUACCGCUUCCACCAAAAUGAUCGCAAGUUAAACUUAAAAUUGAUUACAGGCACAAACUCAAAAAUAAAAUGCGUGGGC